GACGGACCAAAAGCCAAGAUGACGGUGAAGAAGCGUCCGUCAGACCUGAACAGCCUGGAGCGGUUCAACUUGUACUACAAGGCGAAAGAGCCCCCGCUGACUGCGGGGCAGAAAGUCAAGAGGUACAUCUGGAACCCGAAGACGAGGCAGUUCUGCGGCAGGACUGCGGGCAGUUGGUCCAAGAUAGCCCUAUUCUACUUCAUCUUCUACGCCGCUCUCGCCCUCCUGGUAGCCAUCUGCAUGUGGACCUUCCUUCAGCUCCUGGACGCGAAACAGCCCAUGUGGCAGCUGGAGAAGAGCAUCAUCGGCACCAACCCUGGGCUGGGCUUCAGGCCCACACCCUCGGAUGUGGCGAGCAGCGUCAUCUGGUACAAGGGGAACGAUGUGGGCAGCCAGCAGUUCUGGGUCAAAGAGCUGAAGAAGUUUUUGGAAGCUUACAAACGAGACAACAAGAAAGUGGGAGCGGGACGCAACACACACACAUGCGACAAACAACCACCUCCACCAGGAAAGGUGUGCGACGUGGACAUAAACGCCCCCGCCUGGUUCCCCUGCGUGGAGUCAAACAGCUUCGCGUACAACAAGUCGACACCCUGCGUGUUCCUCAAGCUGAACAAGAUCUACGGCUGGAAGCCACAUUACUACAACAGCUCCGACCACCUGCCCAAAGACAUGCCCGAGGAUCUGAAGAGCCAUGUCAGGAAUAUGACGGCGUUUGAUAAGCAAAAUCUCAACAUGGUGUGGGUAUCGUGCCAGGGCGAGAACCCAGCCGACCGCGAGAACAUCGGUCCCAUCCAGUACCUGCCCAAACGAGGGUUCCCGGGUUACUACUUCCCGUACACCAACCAAGAUGGGUAUCUCAGCCCGCUGGUUGCCGUGCAUUUCAUGAGGCCUAAAACUGGCACGCUGAUCAACGUGGAGUGCCGUGCGUGGGCGCACAACAUAAAAUACGACCGGCACGAGGGCAUGGGCUCCGUGCACAUCGAGAUCAUGAUCGAGUCGUAG